UAGCGGACUGCGCGGAGGCGUUGCCCCGCGGAGGGCGGGCACGGGCUCAGCCUUCUUGAUCUGCGGGUGGCGACGGUAGCUGAGCGUGCGAGGGAGCCGUUGCUUCUCCUAGUAGCUCUCUUCCAGGCUCCGUCCGGUGGUCGGCAUGGCCCGUGGAAAUCAGCGAGAACUUGCCCGCCAGAAAAAUAUGAAGAAAACCCAGGAAAUUAGCAAGGGAAAAAGAAAAGAGGAUAGCUUGACUACCUCUCAAAGAAAGCAGAGGGACUCUGAGAUCAUGCAACAAAAGCAGAAGGCAGCUAAUGAGAAGAAGUCUAUGCAGACAAGAGAGAAAUGACAAAUGGCCUUUUGGAAGACCUGGGUGCUACAGCCAACUGGGUGCAUCAUAAGCUCUAAGACCAAGAUUUCUUAAGAGUAAACAUUCAUUACAUAUAUUAUAACUUAUCUUUAUAAAACUGUCUAUUUUAAACUUUACUUUUCAGCCUUAGUGUGAUGUUUUAGGACUGUUCUUCAAAGAAUAAAGCACUAACCAUGCAUGUGA